CUCUACACAGUAUGGCCGGCGAUAUUAGCUAGCACUCGCUAACGGUAUUCUCUGCAAAAGGGAAGACGGUAACUCAAGAAAAUCACCACCUGGAUUGCUUAAAGGACUGUACCUCAAUAAAUUAUAACCGAUCUAAGAAGGAUUAAUCAAGUUGUAAACAUUACAACCGAAGUUUAAUAUUUGUUGUUGGGUGUCUGUUGUCUCAUGAUGGAGGAUAACGGUGCACAUUUCUUCGAGGGGACCGAGAAGCUGUUGGAGGUGUGGUUCUCUCGACAGGAUGAGACCAAAGGAACCGGGGACCUCCGUACUAUCCCGAGGUUUGAGUGGGACAAACUUCUGGAGAAUGUGCAUUGUUUGAUCAUAAGUGUGACAAAGUCUGACAAGCAGGAAGCUUAUAUACUCAGUGAGAGUAGCAUGUUUGUCUCCAAGAGACGUUUCAUUUUGAAGACAUGCGGAACCACCCUCUUACUGCAAGCACUGGUGCCUCUGCUGGAACUCGCCAGGGAGUACUGCGGCUUCGAUGCCAUCGAGAAUUUCUUCUACUCCCGCAAGAACUUUAUGAAGCCAACCCAUCAAGAGUUCCCUCAUCGAAACUUCCAGGAGGAAGUGGACUUCCUCAGCCAGAUUUUCCCAAAUGGUGCAGCCUACUGUAUGGGACGUUUGAACUCUGACUGCUGGUACCUGUUUACCCUGGACUUACCAGAGUACUGGCAGAACAAGCAUGCGGAUCAGACGCUGGAAGUUCUGAUGAGUGACCUCGAUCCAGCCAUUAUGGACCAGUUCUAUAUGAAAGAUGGUGUUUCUGCAAGUGAUGUCACUCGUAUGAGUGGAAUUCGUGACCUGAUACCAGGUUCUGUGAUCGACGCCACAAUGUUCAACCCUUGUGGAUACUCAAUGAACGGAAUGAAGACUGACGGAACGUACUGGACCAUCCACAUCACCCCGGAGCCUGAGUUCUCCUACGUCAGCUUCGAAACCAACCUCUCCGAGACCUCGUACGAUGAUCUGGUCAGUAAGGUGGUGGAGGUGUUCAAGCCAGGGAAAUUUGUGACCACGCUUUUUGUCAACCAGAGCUCUAAAUGUCGCAGCGUCUUUACUCCUGCCCAGUCGAUGGAGGGCUACAAGCGCCUCGACCGCCAGUUGGCUCAAUUCAACGAUUACAAUUUCGUCUUCACUAGCUACGCCAAGAGCCGCCAGCAGAACCAGCAGAGCUGAGGGUUGAGGAUGAAGAAGAGGCGUAAAAAGCGAGGCGGCCGCCCGGGGCUCCCCCCCGGCGGCCGGCUUCACCCCCCCGUAGAGAGCUUGUCCUCUUCCUCCCCCCUCCUCUUCCCCUCCCUCCCCGCCUGCUGCUGCUGCUGCCGCCGGUCCGAAUCCCCCGGUGCUGGCGCGGUCGCGAGCCCUAGUUUAUCCUCCACUUUGAGUUGUUCGCACUGUUGUACCCGUGACUUAGAUCUCUUGCAUGGAAGCUCUUUUCUCCGUUUCGAUAUCCUAGCUCACUCUUGCUGUGAUCUUGAAGUGCAUGUAGAGGAAUUAGACGCGCUCUGUUUGAGGCUGUCCACCUGUGCCCAGUACAACGUUCCCUUCCUGCAGGUCUCCCCCCUCAUCCCCCACAGACAAGGCUUCCGCCCGCACUAGGCCAGGGCCCUGACAUGCUCAGACCAGUCUGCCUCUUAACCAUCCCAACUCCGCCAUUUCAAAUUUGACCGGACCCCUCUCUGCCUAAUCUACUGUCCAAUUCCACAUUUGGUAUUUAUGAAUUGCUACCAAUUUUUGAGUGCACUUAAAAAAAAAAAAUUGGUUGCUCAUGGUACGAAAACGAAGGUCAAUCUUUCGUAUAAGGUCUUGAUUUAAUGUGUAAGUCCCGUAAAGCUUUUUGGCCGUUCUAAUGGUUGUCCUAUUUGAGUUCCUUAUACGUAAUACUUGAUGCUAUUUAAUGUUGCACUAUUGGAUAAAGAUUUGCAGCUUAUUGGUCAAUGUAAAGUGCUCUAAAACAAAAACUUUCUGCUUUGCUGGGCUCCGAAGCUCACUCCCGUCAGCAUUCAUUCAUUCAUUUAUUCGUGCUCCUCCACCUCGACAAUCGGGUAGUCAGUGUGUUUCCCCAAAUAGACAGCCUUUUUAAAAGUUGUAUGUCUUGAAAAUGUAUGUUGGAAAAUGGGUCUAUGAAUCAUUUAAGACAUUUUAACAUGUGCACUUUGUUUCACCCAGGCUUUUUUUUUAUAUAUAUAUAUACAGCGUGCUGUAUCUAUAGGAAGCUUCUAGGUCUUAAACCCAAAGUCAUAUUUAGCACUCUAGUUUCCACAUUCGCAUGAAGUGGUUAAAAUGUUUUAACUGAAUGUAGCUCAGGCUGUGUAAAGCAGCGGUCUGUCCCCUGUCUUUCGAAUGUACACGUCUCUAGAGAAAAGCCUGGACCAGGUUUGAGCUGAAUGUACCACUCCAGUAGAUAGAGCAAACCCACCCUCCUCUUCCAUCACACACACACACACACACACACACACACACACACACCCAGCUCACAAUGCCCUCUGCCGACCAGCCAUUGUCUGGCUCUUAGCAGGUCUCUCCCUGCCAGAGUCAGACUGUCCGCUGGCCCCAGAACCGUGACACGGCGAAAGCCCGGCCCUCCUGGCCGCGCCCGCUCUGAAUGGGAAAUAAUGAAUCGGACACUUUUUGCUUAGUUGCCCAGCAAAGCGUUUUUCUUUUUCCCACAUAAUAUCCAUCCUCUCUCUGUCUCUUUCCGCCCCCAUACAGAAAUCUGUAAGCGCACAAUAGAGGCCCACCAGUCUGAGCAUGCCAGGGUGAUCCCGGAUCAUUCCACAUGUCACCGCUGCAUAAACUGCCAUUUUAUUAAAUUUAUUGUGCCCAGA